AAUUACCCUUUGUACGUUACCGAAAAAUUGUUUACAAUAAUUUAAUAUGCACUAUUUAUUCGAGAGGAAUUGUGUAUCGGGACGGUGGAUCUUUGAUGUCAAAGAAUUUAGCAAACCUUUGUAUAAUGCCGAAAUGUAGAUCCAUGAAUUGUUUACUUAAUUAAAAUUCCUUCACACUCUUAAGAAGAAGAAGAGUGCCUUCUAUAUAAGGAAGAGCUUGGUGCUCUUUCAUUAGUUUACUGUCGCAAUUCGUCGAGUUUGGAGAAAGAACGUGAACUGAAAGUAAGAAUAGAUUUGAGAAGAAGAUUUUAUCCAACCUGUGCGAAAAUGGACUUCUCAAAAAUUAACAAAGUGGCGCAUCUGGAGGGUUUCCUGCCAACGAAAAAAUUAUCAGAACUGGAGGUUGAAAAAGAAUACAAGAUUACCAGCAUAAGGACAAUUCAAACAAAAUUUGGAGCAAGACACAUCGUUGACGUAGAAAAUAGCUUCUCAGUAUUCCUGCCAGCAAGGAUCUCGAGGGUUCUGACGGACGGUGAGGAUUUCUUUCAACGGAUGGUUUUGGAUACCGCUGAGAAUCAGCUUUGUAUGCGUUACCUCGGUGGGAAGUUCAACCUCAUGGAAUUUCGAUAUUUGUAA